AUAAUGAUUUGACACAUGGCAGGUUGAUAUGGACGGUCUCAUAGAUGAUGAACCAUUAGAUGAUGUGGAAUCUUUCCUAUCUCCUAAUGAAUCAGACGAGAGAGAUAAUGUAGGUCUGUUUUCUGACUCUACCAAAGGCCCCACACUGAAGGAAAUUCAUGUAAUUCCUGCAAAUACAAGAAAGUUCGAUUGCUGCUGCUUCUCAUCUGAUGGAAAACUACUUGCUAGUGGUGGGAGUGACAAAAAGGCUACAGUGUGGUGCACAAGGUCUUUUAAAGUGAGGUCUACACUUGAUGAACAUUCACAAUGGAUAACUGAUGUUCGCUUUAGUCCAAGGACAUUAAAGAUCGCAACAUCUUCAGGCGAUGGGACUGUCAAGGUUUGGGAUGUUGAUAAUCAUGGCCAAUCACUUCGAACUUUCACCGGACAUUCAACUGGAGUCGCAUCAUUGGACUUUCAUCCUAGUAAAGAUGAUCUCAUUUGUUCUUCUGAUAUUAGUAACGAGAUCAGGUACUGGAGCAUUAAAAAUGGUAGUUGUGUUGGCAUUUUUAAGGGUGGUGCGACAAAGUUGAGGUUUCAACCGAAUAAUGGAAGAAUGCUCGCUGCAGCAGCGGGAAAAGUUGUUUCCAUAAUUGACAUAGAAACCCAAGUUUGCAGACUUAAAGUACAGGGUCACAAAAAAAAUAUUCAUUCUGUGUGCUGGGAUCCAUCUGGUGAAUAUCUAGCAUCUACCAGUGACGAUGUAGCUAAAGUUUGGAAAUUUGGUUCCGGCAGCAAAGGAGACUGCAUUCAUGAGUUGAACUGCAAUGGAAACACAUUUCAUACUUGUGUUUUUCAUCCCACCAAUACUUCUGUUUUGAUCAUUGGCUCUCAUGAGUCACUGGAGCUUUGGGACAUGACAGAAAACAAGACAAGGACACUGCAAGCUCAUGAAAAGUUGGUAACAGCCUUGGAUGCAUCAAAUGCUUCUGGUUUAGUUGCUUCGGCAAGUCACGACUGUGUCAAGAUCUGGCAGUAACGAAAUUGACGAGCUCUCUUCUCCAGCGAAAAUACCAUCAUAACGUUGUCUGUUGAUAACCAUAGAUCUCGUCAUUUUUGUUUGUAUUUAGAUUGUGACAAACUAAAACCAAACUAAUGUUUCUGUAAGGACAUCGGCAGAAGAUGUCCUUUCUUUUAGUAUACUGUAAAAAAUAUAGCGAAAAAGCUAAUGGAAAACAAAUCACUAGACAGCUUGACACCCAUGGCUGAUGUUCCUCAA